GAUGGAUGAUACUUGUUCAUUUCCCAAAGCUUUGUCUUCUGAUGCUCAGCACUAAGAUCUCUGUCCAUGUAGGAUAUUUAUGUUUAAAAAUAUAUCUAGAUCAAUGGAAAAAUCACAACAGACAAUGUUAUCUCCUGGAGACAAGCAUCUGCUGAGGAGCUGAGCAUGCUUCGGUAGUGCAAUAUCACUUUUUAAGUGUAUAAAAUAUAACUUUUUUGUCAUUCCCCCUGCAGAAAAUUCCCAGGUCUCUGCAAAGCAGAUUCUUGGCCUCCAUUUCCCCAGCAUGGAAACUCAAGUGAACAGUUAGGAUUCUGACAAGAUUGCCUUUAUGAUCAGCUAUUGCUCAGCCAACACCUGAGCAGGGAAGCAGCACUCUGAGGACAGAGUCUAUCUGAGAGAUUUUUCUUCCAAGUAUGCUUCAGAGAAGGCCAGUCUCCUCUCACACGCUGCUUGAGCUCCCACAGCACCACACCCUGCUUUGAAGGUGAGGAUGUCAAACAGGUUGGCUUUCCCUCCGGGGAGGAGGUGGAUUCAGAUCACGAUGGCUCCCUCCUCAUUGGGUGCUGCUGCGGGUUCUCCAGCUCUCCACGCUCCUUGCCUGGGUGAUAAAUAGAUUUCUUAUAGGGCGGGGGGCACCUACGGUGCUGCUCACAGCUUGGCCGUAGCAGGGUUGUUUGCUUUUGUUGCUUGUCUUGUACUAGAAGAGGUUUUAGGGACUUCUCUCUCUUCUGUGGUGUUUGGGUGUGAUGGUGAAAGAACUCUUUGGACAGAGCCACUGAUUCCAAGUGUCUCCCUCAAACCUUGGCACUGCAGUUGCAACAUCUACCAUCAUUGCUUGGGAAAAAACAAGACAAUCGAGGCACUGCAUUCAAGACAAUGGGGAAACUCAAAAGUAUCCUUCUGUGCCUUGGCUUUCUUCUAGUCCAUGUAAGAGGUCAACGUGAUUUUGAUUUAGCUGAUGCUCUUGAUCACCCAGAUGACAUAAUUACCAGGAGGCCUACAGUGAUCAGAAGACCGACAAGGCCUGUGCUGAACAACGAUCUGCACUUAGGAGAUGCUCUUGGUGGGGGUGACAUCUCAAGGAAACCUUUAUACCCACCUCUUCCACCACGACCAGGAAGCCAUGGUAUUUCUGGAGGUUUUGAUGACUCAGAUCUCCUCGAUGGGAAGCCUUUACCGCCACACAUAACAGGAGAAGAGGAGCACAAUUUCAAUCAUGGAGGAAACACAGAUUCAGGAUUAAUAGCUGGAGUUACAUCUCCUAUAAUUUCUGCUUUUGUAAUACUGGUUGUUGGAUCCAUAGCAGCCUACUCUGCUUACAAGAACAAGAAACUUUGUUUCAAACCACAGGGUGGGGCUACAGUCUAAAUCACCGGAAGAAGACCUGCUCUCUGAUCACUGUCUCCUUUGAUGGGUGACAUUCGGCCCACAGAUCUGACAGUGUUUUUCUACUUUCUCAUACUGACAAAAGGAUACCUUCCUCUAAUGAAUGUUUUGUUGAGACCCUGCAGUCCUGCUCCCUUUCAUCUGACGUCACUCUUGCACCCUGAGCUUUAUGUCAUCAAAGACAUGAUUAAAACAUCCAGGGAUUCUAUUGAGCUCUCCAACCUGCAUUUUCAUUCAGAAGUUAUUUCAAGCAACAAAGAAAUCAAGUUUAAUAUAAGCUAAAAAUAGAAAUAUUUUGGUUUGGGAGCAUUUGAGUCACUGAACAUGUGUUUUUUUUUUUUUUCCUUGAUUUUUAAAAUUACCCAAAAUACUUAAUACUUCAGAUAAAAUAGGAAUCAGGAAAAUGGAAUUUCCAUUAAUACAUGUUAGGUUUCAUUAGUAUAUUUAGUAUGCAGAUGCCAACUCUACCCCCUAUCUGGAAGUGUUCAGGAACAGGUUGGAUGGGGUUUUGAGCAACCUGGUCUAGUGGAAGGUGUCCCUGCCCAUGAGAGGGGGUUGUGACUAAAUGAACUUUAAGGUCCCUUCCAACCCAAACCAUUUUAUCAUUCAUCUGAUUCUAUGAUAUUUCUGUAUUUUCUAUAAUGUUUAAGUAAAACUGGAAGUUGUAUAAAGGAUUAAAAAUUUGAGUGCAUUUCCUCUAUGUUUAUGUCUGAAUUCUAGCAAAGUGAAAGGGUUACAGGUGGAAAAUUAAUUCUUAAUUUUAAAACAUUGCACGAAAAGAACAUGUAUAUUGAUAAACCACUGUUAAAAAU